AAGACCGACCAGAUCUAAACCUUUGUCUGUAUACAUUUUAUAGAUACUGGUUGACUGACUGGGUUUCGUGUAGUUGCGUUGCUGUUCUCUAUUUGGAGUUUGCAGAGUGCGCUGCCGUCUUUUUUGUCAUUUUCCCUACGCGGUUCAGAAAGGUUGCUUUAAAAGGCAUGGAGGGUCCGGCUGACUCCGGCGGUGACAGUGCGGCUCCAUUCGGAUCAGCGGUCCGAGUGACGGACAUCUGCUGCCCCUCCGGAGCGCGACACAUGCGCUUGUUGGAAUGGAAAGUGAAACCCGGAGCGUUGGUUAAUGUUGACUCUGUUAUUGCACUCUGUGUAGCUGUCCCCACGAUGGGAGAGUUUGGGUCAGAGGAGCGGAAUCAGCAGAACAGAUUAAUAUUACCAGAGAAGAAAGUAAAAUCAGAUCGAGCAGGAGUAGUGAGGGAGCUGUGCUGUGAACUCGGACAGCUCCUAUCCCCUGGGGAUGUUAUAGUGAGAAUAGAAGAAUGCAGCCAUCCCAUUGUGAUGAAAGGUCUGUGUGCUGAAUGUGGCCAGGACUUAACACAGCUGCAAAACAAGAAUGGAAAGCAGCAGGCACACAUUUCUACAGCAACUGUUUCCAUGGUACACAGUGUUCCAGAGUUGAUGGUCAGUUCAGAGCAAGCGGAACAGCUUGGCAGGGAGGACCAGAAAAGACUCCACAGAAACAGAAAGCUUGUGCUCAUGGUGGAUUUGGAUCAGACUCUGAUCCACACAACAGAGCAGUGCUGCCAGCGCAUGUCCAACAAGGGAAUCUUCCAUUUCCAGCUUGGCAGGGGUGAACCCAUGCUGCACACACGUCUUAGGCCUCAUUGCAAAGAGUUUUUGGAGAAGAUUGCCAAGAUGUAUGAAUUGCAUGUCUUUACCUUUGGGAGUCGACUUUAUGCACACACUAUUGCAGGGUUUCUGGAUCCUGAAAAAAACCUUUUUUCUCAUCGGAUUCUAUCAAGAGAUGAGUGUAUUGACCCGUUCUCGAAGACUGGGAAUCUUAGAAAUUUGUUCCCAUGUGGCGACUCCAUGGUAUGUAUCAUAGAUGAUAGAGAGGAUGUGUGGAAGUUUGCCCCCAACCUUAUCACAGUGAAAAAGUAUGUCUACUUCAAGGAAACGGGUGACAUCAAUGCUCCACCAGGGUCGCGAGAGACCCAGCUGGCAAAGAAAAGUACAGGAAACCAGCCUAAUCAGAAUAUAGAGAACUUGGACCGCUCUGGAACACCAGGAUAUGAAGAGCAGAGUACUAUGCUCAGGAAAUGCAACAAGAUACAAAAGGCUGAACAUGAGGAUGUGUUGACCUUUGUUUCUGAUACACAAGCAGCAUCAGCCAGAGAGAGAACUCGUAUCAUGGGGAAAAUCCAGACAACAGAAAGCUCACGGCUGAGUGACAGAUAUAUUGUUAAGGGGGUGGAGGCAGGUUGUUUGGCUAGAACGAGUACCUCAGCUGAAACGGUAGACAAAGAGCAUAUGACUGAAACUGAUGGUACUGGUAAUGACAUGGGUUUUGAGCUUUCAAGUGAGAGUGACGGUGAAUCAGAGAAACCCGGACUGCCACUCAGUGAUAAUGAACAGCUCCCAGAAACCAGAAAAAUCAAUAAAACAAAAAUUGAUGAGGACUAUGGGGGUGGAGGGGGAAAUGACAGACAAAUAGAGGCCGAGGAAACCAUAGAUGUGGAUCAGGGGGGUCUGAGUGAUGCUUUAAAUGGAUGUACUGACAAGAAGGAAAUAGAGUCCCAAAACAGUGAUCAGUCAGGCAUUGCUACGGGUGAAGAGUCUUUAGACCACAGUUUGGAAGAUGAUGAUGAAGAGGAGGAAGAAGAUGUAGAUCAAGAUGAUCACUUGAUUUACCUAGAAGAGGUCUUGACCCGUAUUCACAAUGAGUAUUAUUCACGCUACGACACUUACCUCAGAGAGAAUAAUCUUGAGAUGCCAGAUAUUCGCAAAAUUGUCCCUGAGCUGAAGAGCAUGUCCUUAUUAGGCACCACCAUUGUGUUCAGUGGCUUGUACCCCACAAAUUACCCCAUGGAGCGAACACGGGAAUUCUACCAUGCCAAGGCACUUGGUGCCAAGAUCAGCAAGAGCCUGGUGCUUAAUGCCAAAGAUCCUGAUCACGCAACCCACCUCAUUGCAGCACGUGCAGGCACAGAGAAGGUUCGUCAAGCCCAGGGCAUUAAGCAUCUGCAUGUGGUAAAUCCUGAUUGGCUUUGGGGAUGCCUGGAGCGCUGGGAAAGAGUGGAGGAGAAGCUCUUCCCACUUAAGGAGGACUACACCAAGUCACAGAGGUGUAACAGCCCAUCAACAUUUUCUGAUAUUCAAGAAGUGUUCUCAUCAGCUGUGAUCCACCAUGCUCCCGUUCAGCCCAAAUUCACACUGGUGCCGGAGGUUCGCACAUAUGAUCCUGUAACUGGGAAGUUGAUUCGCAGGAGUUUUCAGGCACCUUGCCACCCUUCCUACCUACAUCCCCACAAAAUGGUUGUGAAAGCACCUACACCUGAAGCACAUUUAAACUUCAGGUUAGGACUGGGAUGUCAGCUGCAAGGGGAGAUUGAUGGCACAGAUCAAGAUCUUGAACAACCUGGGCCCUCACGCAGAAAACGACAGCCAAGCAUGUCUGAAACCAUGCCCCUCUACACACUCUGCAAAGAGGACCUAGAAAGCAUGGACAAAGAGGUGGAUGAUAUUCUUGGAGAGGAGAGUGAUAAUGAGAAUGAGGAACAAGGGAAGGAAGAGAGAAUGGAUGAAGAGGAGGAACAAGAACAGGAAAAAACACAGACCAGUAAGCAGAGUGCCAAAACAGAUCACCAACAGGCCCUGAGCACUUUUGUUCAGGGUACAAUCCUGAUGCCAUCCAGUGAAGAAAGCAGUCUGACUGGAACCAUGCAAAGGAGCCGCAAGAGAAAACUCGAGGAGGCUAAGGAAAAUGAUGAUGAUGAAGCUGCUGAUGACAACUUUAACCAACAUGAAGACUUGUCUAGGCAGUCUAGCAAGGACUCGAAUGAGGAUGAGGGAGGCAGCAGCUCAGAAGCAGAUGAGAUGGCUGCUGCUUUAGAGGCAGAGUUAAAUGACUUCAUUUGACCUGGGAGUGGAUCUACAUCUACAGGAGCAAUAUUUAUCAUGGUUCAUGCUGCCUUUGCUCACACAUGGUACCUCAGCUAUAUGAAUAAAUGUAUAGAUGUAUGUGUGUGCAUGAUUGUACGCA